AUGAUGUUGAAAAUCAUUUUGCAACCAUUGUACCAAAACUCAUUUCCGCCAUCUACAUACGCACCCAUUUUCCAAUUCUUGAUUGGCAAGAAUUAUGUUAAACUUGGCCAACAAGUUCAUGCUCACAUGGCCGUUCGAGGGGUUUUCCCCAAUGGAUUAGUCGCUGCCAAAAUGGUAGCCAUGUAUGCCAGCUCCGGUGAAAUCGACGCUGCCUCACGUAUUUUCGAUAAUGCCACUGAACACUCUUCGCUUCUGUACAAUGCCAUGAUUCGAGCACUCACCCUUUAUGGGAUUACCAAAAGAACAAUAGAGAUUUUCUUCCAAAUGCAUUCAUUAGGCUUCCGUGGUGACAAUUUUACCUUUCCCUUUGUUUUCAAGUCAUGUGCUGAUUUGUGUGAUGUUUGGUGCGGGAAGUGCGUUCAUAGCUUGAUUUUCAGGUCUGGAUUUGUGUUUGAUAUGUAUGUAGGCACUUCUUUGAUUGAUAUGUAUGUGAAGUGUGGUGAUUUGAUUGACGCUCGUAAACUGUUUGAUGAAAUGCCGGUGAGAGAUGUAUCGACUUGGAAUGUAUUGAUUGCUGGGUACAUGAAGGAUGGGUUAUUCAAAGAUGCUGAGGAAUUGUUUGAGGAAAUGCCAAUUAGGAAUAUAGUGUCGUGGACAGCUAUGAUUUCUGGAUAUGCUCAGAAUGGUUUAGCUGAUGAGUCGUUGCAAUUGUUCGAUAAAAUGUUGGAUCGUGACUCGGAGGUGAGGCCUAAUUGGGUGACGGUUAUGAGUGUUUUACCUGCUUGCGCUCACUCGGCUGCACUAGAUCGUGGGAGGAAGAUACAUAGUUUCGCUAGAGAGACAGGAUUGGAGAAGAAUCCUUCGGUGCAGACAGCUCUUAUAGCCAUGUAUGCUAAAUGUGGAAGCUUAGUUGAUGCUCGUUUGUGUUUCGAUCAGAUAGACCCAAGGGAGAAGAAAUUGGUUGCUUGGAAUACAAUGAUUACUGCUUACGCAUCCCAUGGUUGUGGGCGGGAAGCUGUUUCAACGUUUGAGGAUAUGUUACGAGCUGGUAUACAGCCUGAUAAAAUCACAUUUACAGGUUUGUUAUCAGGUUGUAGCCACUCAGGUCUUGUGGAUGUUGGACUGAGAUAUUUCGAUUGUAUGAGUUCGGUUUACUUUGUGGAGAAGGGACAUGACCAUUAUGCUUGCGUGGUUGAUCUUCUUGGUCGUGCUGGACGAUUAGUGGAAGCAUAUAACCUCAUUUCUCAAAUGCCAAUGGCAGCAGGACCAAGCAUUUGGGGUUCCUUAUUAGCAGCUGGUCGAAGCCAUCGCAACUUAGAAAUUGCAGAAUUAGCAGCUAAAAAGUUAUUUAUCUUGGAACCAGACAACAGUGGGAAUUAUGUUGUGCUCUCUAAUAUGUAUGCAGAAGCUGGAAUGUGGGAGGAGGUGAAUCACUUAAGGAUCCAACUGAAAUCACAACGUAUUAUGAAGAGUCCUGGAUGUAGUUGGAUUGAAUUUGACGGGGAGGCCCAUUUGUUCCUUGGAGGAGAUACAUCUCAUCCACAGGCAGAGCAAAUAUACAUGUUUCUGGAGGCACUGCCCGCCAAGAUAAAAGCAGCUGGUUACAUGCCAGAUACUACUUUCGCUUUGCAUGAUGUGAGUGAAGAGGAGAAAGAGCAAAACCUAAGUAGUCAUAGUGAGAGGUUGGCAAUUGCCUUUGGCAUUCUUAAUACAAGCCCGGGUACAGUUCUCCGAGUGACAAAGAACCUUAGAAUCUGUGGGGACUGUCAUACUGCUAUAAAACUUAUCUCUAAGAUAUAUGAAAGAGAGAUCAUUGUAAGGGAUGUGAACCGGUUUCAUCAUUUCAAAGAUGGUUCUUGUUCCUGCAGAGACUACUGGUGACUAAAAAUGAAGAUGGUAAUACCUCU